UCACCAAUCAUCAGCAUGCGAAUCAAAAUGUCGUACUGCUUCGCCAUGGCUCAGAUUUUCUGCAACACUCCAAACAGUUGAAACGUCGAAAUAGAAGCAUGGUCCGUUCCGACCGUCGGAGGGAUGAUGGGAAAAGACCCAAGGGACCUAUGAAGAGAUCACAGGCAGAUGAUUCAUGGCCAGCAAGCCAGAAAGUACGCAAGGGAGCCAGGCCUGCAGUAGAUGAGAAUUCAGAAGUUGUCAAAACAUUCAGGGUCUUCCAGUCGGAGUUGGAUGCCAAGCACGACAAGCACGAGCGGCUGGUCAAACUGAGCCGAGAUGUAACCAUCGAGAGCAAGCGAACCAUAUUCCUGCUCCACCGCAUUACAAGUGAAGAGGUCAAGCAGCCCCUCAUCAGGGAAGCCCAGGCCAAGAUCGAGGCCAUCCAGUCGGGCCUCCUCCUUCGCAUCGCCCAGGAGCUGGAGGGAGAGGACCCCUUCCUGUUCCAGCGAGCUGUGUCCCCUGGCCUCCAGGAGUACGUGGAGGCCGUCCUGUUCCUGGGCUAUGCAGCCGAGGCGAGGCUGAUGGGACUGGGCGAGGUCAGGGGUCAGCUGAGGUUCAGGGUCCCUGCCACCGACGGAGAGGAUUCCAAGAGCAAGGAUUCAUCAGAUCCAACCGUUGAAGGGGUCUUGCCCGAGUCUGUCGAUCAGGAGAACCUCCCAAGGACCCCACCCAUGAGGACACUGGCCCUCCACCUCUCCCCAACGGACUACGUCCUGGGGAUGGCCGACUUCACUGGCGAGCUGAUGCGGGCCUGCAUCAACGGCAUCGGGGCGGGUGAUGCCCAGACCCCCUUUGCACUGGUGGCCUUCCUGCGGCAGCUGUAUGACGGCUGCCGCUUCCUGGGCAACCGGCCCGGCCGGGAGUUUGUGCGCAAGCUGGCCGUCAUGCGGCAGAGCCUGGCCAAGGUGGAGAGUGCCUGCUACAUGCUGCAGGUGCGGGGGUCGGAGAUCCCCAAGCACAUGCUCCUGGAUGUUAUCUCCUCCCUGCCCAACUCGGAGCUGGGCAUGGAGGACUUUGAUACUUGAACUCUCAGCCGUGUGGCCAUCCAUAGUAAAGAUGGUCCAACAAUAUCAGUGACUUGAAAUGUUUACAAGUCAAGGCCACUCUGUUAUUGAAUUGCAUAGAAUGGAGAAACGUAAUAAGUAAAUGAAGGCAAGAGUCUGACCAAUGCAGAGUGAAACCCUCUAUGGUGGAGACAGACACAUCCCGAACUGGAUAGUAAGUAAGUUCGCAUGGAAACUAAAUGUUUUCCUGUUUCUUAAUUUGUUGAGAAGAUCUGGAAAGUAGCUUCUGAAUAGUUCAUGAAAAGACAGAUUAAAAAAUGCAUUUGCCAAACAUAUCUGUAGACCAUUACUUUGAGAGUGAGGGGACUUGUAUGUAUAGAGUUCUUACCUUGCCAUUAUUAUAACAAUAUGUAAUGAUUUCAUAAAUUUUAGACAACAUUAUUAAAGUCCUUUCCUGUAAGCUUCUUUGUGGAGGAACCAUUCUGAAUCCUCCAAAAUGCUCUGCUUAAAAAGAAACCAAUGUCACAUGCUUUGACCUUAUACCUUUAAGGGCCAUCGAGCCCCACGUAAAAGUAAAGAUGGGCAAGCUUUGCCAUCUUCUGUCCUGCAAGAGUUCUCAAGAACCUUCAAGUGGAUUUUGAGGAAUCUUAGGAGUUAAUUUCCAAAAAAGGGUGAAAUCAUUUAACCCAGACACAGUGGAGUAGUUCACGGGCAGGCCGAGAUGUUACAUUUUCUGUACCCAAAAUGCCAAAAAAUAUGCUACUGACGCGAAUUUUCUUGAAGAAAUUCAACCGUGUUUUGACCGACCUUUUUAUAUGAGGGAAUGGAUAAAGUGGACAUUCCUUUCGCAGUUUUCCUUUACAUCUAGAACUACAGCCAUCCUACAAGCUGGUUCUAUGAAUGCACUGCUUUCAUUGGCCACAGCAAAUGCCAGUGAAAGCACAGUUCCCAUCAGUUGCAUCUAUGAGGAAACUGUUUGUGCAUCUGUUCUGCACUUGUUAUUUUGGCACCUGUACCAGAGUUGACACGUAUUUCAGUGGAAAGCAAAGGUUGUCACUUUUAAUCCUGGCUGAACUACCAGUAUGCAUGUGUGUGUUGCUGGAAAAAGUCAGUUUAUCUUUGUAAAAAGUUUGCUUUAUUUUAGAGAAACAUGGAAUUCAAAAAUUCCCCUACUGGUUUACCGAAAAUAAGCCCUGGUUGGAUAGUCAGCCAGAUGCUUGCCUACAUUGUACAUACACAAUACUAACAGCUGGUGGAAAUCAUGAUCCCUGUGAUGAGCAUUAUCAAGAACAUGUAGUAAAAACUGCAAUAGACUUAAGAAAUGAGCUCCAAA